AUUUGUCGUUCUAUGAGUGAAAGAAAGAAGUCCACUCAGUCGUCACAUGUGACAUGUGUAGUUAGUAUAUGAUUUUAUUAUUAUUAGUAGGUAAGAAGAUGCAAAAUCAUUUCCCCUAAAAUAUAGUUAGAAAUUAGAAAUGGUAAGACUGACUAAUAUCUGAGUUUAAUCGACUAGAGGAGAGAGUGUGAGAGAGAGAGAGAGGGAUGGCGUCAUUAUCAUCGGAAUCGUUGACGACGGAUUCGAGGGUGAAGGCGAUAAUGAUAUAUCCUAUAAAAUCAUGCAAAGGGAUGAGCGUAUCGGAAGCCCCCCUCAGUCCGACCGGGUUUUUGUGGGAUCGUCAUUGGGCGGUUGUGAACUCAAAUAAUGGCAGAGCCUGCACCCAGAGGGUCGAACCCAGGCUCGCUCUCAUCCAUGUCCAUUUGCCACCUCUAGCCUUUUCUUCUUCUCCCCCUCCUCCUUGUUCUUGCUUGGUCGUUGGGGCUCCUGGGAUGCCCGAGCUCCAGGUCUCCUUGAGUAAACCAUCGUUGAAGUCUGAUGGGGUCUCCGUAUGGGAAUGGACCGGCUCAGCCUUAGAUGAGGGAGACAAGGCCGCCCAAUGGUUCACCGAUUUUCUUGGAAAACCUUGCCGCUUGGUGCGCUUUAAUGAAGACUCAGAGACUCGGCCGGUUGACCCUCUGUAUGCUACUGGAUUUAAUGUCAAAUUUACUGAUGCUUUCCAGUUUCUUCUAAUCUCACAGGCUUCUUUGGAUACAGUGAAUGAACAACUAAAGGAACCAGUCAGUAUUAACCGAUUUAGACCCAACAUACUUGUCGAUGGCUGUGAAUCAUUUGCCGAGGACCUCUGGAAACAGAUCAGAAUUAACCAGUCCAAUUUUCAUGGAGUCAUGCUUUGCCCUCGUUGUAAGGUACCUACUAUUAAUCAAGAGGAUGCAACAGAAGGUAGCGAACCAACUGCAACCAUGAUGAAGUUCCGAUCGGCCAAAGCCUUGGAAGUGAACACCACUACCACAAAAUAUAAGGGACGGGUAUACCUUGGGCAAAUGCUGGUGUGCGAGGAUAAUGACAGCAGUUUUAGGAAGAUUAUUAGUGUUGGAGACAUUGUUCAUGUGGAACAGGUAUUCUCAUCCUAUGCAGAUGUUGCUGUUUAAAGUCUCAUCCAAUAGUCACAAUUAUAACCAUAUGUAAUAUGUACAAAGUUGUUUGUGGUCAUUAUCACAGACCAUGCCAUCACUCACAGCAAUCCUUAUAAACAAAAUAAAAAUAAUGGUGCUUUUCCUAA